AUGGUGGAAAAAGGGUCGAUGUUGGAAGAAACUUCUUCAAAUAGUACUACUUCACCACGUCUUCGAAUAUGUGAUAUGUGUCAGAAGAAUGUAUGGAAAUAUCGUUGUCCACGUUGUUCAUUCCGUACAUGUUCUCUUUUAUGCUCUAAAGAACAUAAGCAAAAAUUUGAUUGUUCUGGCGAACGAGAGAAGUCAUUCGAUGUACUAAAAAGGCUUGAUGAUUACUCGCCAGUAGUUGCUAUUGACGACGAAAAGUUUUUAAAUAAGAUCACCUCGUCAUUAAAAAACAAUCCUGAAAAUUCAGUGGAAAAGCCUGAACCAGAUAUUCUUCUUUCCAUUCCGCAGUCUCGAGAAAGCAGAAGUAUCCAGGAAAUAACUACUAAUACAAAAGAUGAUGAAAAGCUUGGUAAUGAUGGAAACGUUACUGUUCCAGUCAAAAAUAGUGAGUGCACCAUGAAAGAGAUCAAUGAUGAAAAAGAAUUAACAUCAAAAGAGCAAAAUGCCGUAAAAGAGCUAAACUUAAAUCAACUAGAAUGGAAAGCAGUUGCUGCAAAACGGUAUUUAGUCAAUAAUGCUCAUCGGCGACGAAUUUGGCUUACUUUAACGCCUGAAAAAGAGCAUAAUAGUUCUCGCCAUGAACAAUAUUCGGAUACUAUUUUCUGGACCAUCAAGAUAGUUUUUCGACGGGAAGAAGACCUUGAAUCUGGAAAGCGAAUUAUUAAUGACGAGUACAUGGUAAAUAAUAUUCCAGAGACUAUAACUACAGCAACACUUUUACGACAAUUUAUCAAGCCUAAACAAGUUGGGCCAGUCAUAAGCAAGUCAGAUUUAAAUGCUGAAAAGAUGGCACCUUUUUGGGAAGCUGGUAUGGAUAAGUUAAUCUUAUAUAUGCCUGUCCCUAUUGAAGAUAAACAGCGUUUUUACGUGAUCGAUCAGACAAAAACAAUUUUGGAUAAUAUGAGAAAUCGUUUUAUCCUGGAACACCCGACUUUUGUUAUUACGUUGGACAAUCAGUUCAAUGAUUAUGUGAUGCUUAGUGAACAAGAAGCACAAGAACUUCGUGAAUUACAGCGGCAAAAAAAUCGGGCUGAAAAUCAAAGUCGACGUCACAAUAAUUAUCAUGGUAGGGGUCGUUCUGAUCAUGCUUGGUUCAUGAAUCGUAGACAGAAUAAUGGACGAGGAUUUAAGAGGCCUCACUGUCAGUCUCAUGAUAGAGGUAAUCAAGGGCCAGGCAGAUGUUGGAAGUUUGGACGACCAUCUCGGGCUGGCUAUUUUCAGGAUCGUUUUUGUUCACGUGUUCGAAACAUGUCUGAGAUGUCACUGUCAGGUUUUGAGACUGAAAACUGCAAUGAGCGUUCAUCGUCUUCUUUAGAGAAAGUUAGUCAAAAUGCAGAUGUACAGUCUAAAAGUGUGGAAGUCAAGCCUAAAAUUCUAGAUAACAGUGCACAUGAUUUAAUAGCUCAAUUGUAG